AUGGGUCUCGCAUUUUCCAAGAUCUUCGACAAGCUUUGGGGAAAGAAGGAGAUGAGAAUUCUGAUGGUCGGUCUUGACGCCGCCGGAAAGACUACGAUUCUCUACAAGCUCAAGCUCGGUGAAAUCGUCACGACCAUUCCUACCAUUGGUUUCAACGUCGAGACCGUCGAGUACAAGAACAUCCAGUUCACCGUGUGGGAUGUCGGUGGUCAGGACAAGAUUCGUCCUCUGUGGAGACAUUACUUCCAGAACACCCAGGGUAUCAUCUUCGUCGUCGACAGCAACGAUCGCGACCGUAUCGUCGAGGCCCGUGAGGAGCUCCAGCGCAUGCUCAACGAGGACGAGCUGCGGGAUGCCAUUCUCCUGGUCUUCGCCAACAAGCAGGAUUUGCCCAACGCCAUGAACGCCGCCGAGAUCACAGACAAGCUUGGCCUUCACUCCCUGAGACAACGCGCCUGGUACAUCCAGUCCACUUGCGCUACCUCCGGUGAUGGUCUCUACGAGGGUCUCGAGUGGCUUGCCACCACCCUGCGCAAGGCGGGUCACCAGUAA